CUUUCAUCCACUCUCCAUCCUCCGAUCACUUCACCAGUGAUGAGUGCCGCAUCCUCACUUCCAUACAAUUCUACAACAAUAUCUAUCUUCCAAAGAACCCAUCUGUCAAUAUGACAUAACAGGGCUAUCAGACUGGGCCUCCCGAAUGGGCUGAGCCCUGUACUUAUAUCCUCUCUGAACUAUUUAGGUUUAGUGUACGAAGAGUUGAGAUUUACUCAUAAUCACGAACCACUCGUGAGUCGAGGAAUAGAAGAUAUCAUGUAAUUUGAGUAGGAUGUGCAGUUUAUGCUUCGUAUACGGCCAAUCUUCGACCUCCAUUCAUAGGAGCGCGUAAGUCCUACGAUGUGUCGUUUCGCAGGUAUAUAACAUGUUGUAACCAGCGGCGAGUUUAACUCAACAUCAACCUCGACAUCCUAUCUCCGUGUCAUCUUUCACUAGCCUACGACAAGAUGCAUUUCAGACAGUUGAUCUCAGUCUCGUUUCUUAUCUUCAAAGCAUCGAACGCUUGUCUCCACGACCAUGUUCCUGCACCGCAACUACGAGAUGUGCAAGAGGCUCUCCGUAAGCGCGAUGUACCGGCCUCCGUCAAGACGGCCAUCCAGAAUGUGCGAGUUUUCGAUGGCUAUACGAUAGGAGAGCCUCAGACCGUCAUUAUAGACGGCGAGUACAUCACUGACUGCGAUGAUAAUGUCGUAAAAACUAUUGAUGCCGGCAAUCGCAUCCUGAUCCCUGGUUUAAUCGACGCGCACGCUCACGUGCAAUCAGUUGAAGGCUUAGAGAAUAUGACUGCAUAUGGCGUUACGACCAUCUUCAACAUGGCCUGUCCUAGUUACGAGCUUUGCGACACGCUCAAAUCAAACCCGGGCCUAGCUACCCUAUUCGCUACCAUGCUACCUGCUCUCGCACCGUCUGGAGGGAACGCAGCGCUCAAUCAAGCACCGGCCUGGCUGCCUUUAUCCCCCGGCGAGGAUCCGAAGUUCGUCGUCGAUUAUUCCUUCGGCAAUGGUUCCGACUAUUUCAAGAUCGUGGGUGCGGCUGACGGUCCAACCCAAGAUCAACAGAAUACAAUAGUCGAAUACGCGCACUCUCUAGGCCAUUUCGUCGUCCAGCAUGCGCCCAGUGUGGCCCCUUACACACGUGCUGUAUCAGCGCGAACUGAUGUCUUGCAACACAUCCCCGACGAUGGCUUACUACCUCCCAACAUCUUCCAGUCGAUCAAAGAAUUCGGUCUGGCCACCACGCCAACCGUCGAAAUCUUUAGGCGCGCCUACACAAUACAGCCAGAGAUCCUCCAGGUCCUCCGCGGAAACAACAGUGCCAAUGCGUCAUAUGAGCAUGUAAUUACUAAUGUGAAACAACUGCACGCUUCUGGGAUACCGAUACUAACCGGCACCGAUUCCGUCGGCAGUACGUUCCCUAUCAUUUACUUUCCAUUUGGUGUGUCGCUGCAUCAGGAGAUGGCAAACCUCGUGGAUUUUGGCAUGACCCCGCUCGAGGCUUUACGCGCCGCGACGAUUGUCCCAGCCACGGUGCAUAGGUUGAAGGAUAGGGGUGCGAUUAAACCUGGUCUGCGCGCCGAUUUGAUUCUGCUGAAUAGCAAUCCAUUGGAGAACAUCACAAACACUAGGGACAUUGCUCGGGUUUGGGCUGGGGGUAUAGAGUACCCUAACGUUGCCCCGAAGUCUGCCACAGGUUAACAUUUAGGAUAGGGGAUGAUAUCGAAAAGGGGGAUCUCAAAUUCAACUACCUGUCCUUCAAUUGACUUAUAUUUUAGUGGCAUUCCCUUAGGAGUUUUUGCCUGUAUCUUCCUACACUUCCUUUCUACGCAUAUAUUGAAAUAUCUACCUAGUCACCUGGACACGUUCGUCUCAUUAGUCACCUUGAACACAAUUACGCCGAGAUAUAUGAUUCGUUAUUCUU